AUGCAAGCUGUCAAAGAGCCUUCUAGGACCGAGAACGAGGUGUCGUUGCGCAUCCCCUCAGCACAGUCCGGCGUAGACAUCGUCGGUAUCCUGCACCAUCGUCACCCUGCUCAGCAGCAAACUGGCGAUGUAGCACUCAUUCUGCACGGCCUCAUGGCGCACAAGAAUCAGAGCUACCACCGCGAGCUCGCUGCUGCUCUACCCAUGGACAGCUUCCGCUUCGACUUUCGCGGCAACGGCGAGACGGGCGGUACCUGGGGCAUGUGCAACAUCGGAAACGAUAUCGAGGAUCUCCAGGCAGUCGUGCACCACUUACGCCACCAACUGGGUUAUCGAAUCGAGCUCAUUGUCGGCCAUUCACGCGGUUCGCUCGACGCCUGGGCUUACCUCGGACGCGAUGAGCGCCUCAGGUGGGACGAUGACACGGACGUUCCCUUCCUUGUGGCUGUUUCAGGCCGUUGGGAGAUGAUGCGCGUGCUGGACAGGUACGACAUGUACAAGCGUGGCUUUGAGAAGGAGGGCGUCUUUCGAUGGCGCGUCAAGAGCGCAGACGUGCAGAGAGAGUAUCCCGUCUACCCCUCCGAUCUCGGUCGCAUGGCCACCUUCCCCAUCCGUAGCAUCGUCAGGCGCAUCCCGGUCCACACCGAUGUACUCAUUAUUCACGGAACCGAGGACCGCACCGUGCCAGUGCAAGAUGCGAGCAGCUACCUGCACGAGCUCUCUAGCAACCCACGACGCGCGCCGGAUGCACAGCAGAUCCACCUCAUCCAAGGCUCAGACCACAUGUACAAGGGCUACACGCAGCCGGUCGUCGAGCACAUCCUCGGCUGGUACCACCAGCGCAAGGCCGCCAACAAGGCGGCUCCGUCUCCCGAGCAAGCUCGUCUCUGA